CAGAUGCAGAGAGGGCGCGGUCUCUGGUCGCCCGGGGCUGCGGAGCUGGGGUUUUCCACGUUGGGCUUUGUUUCCCAUUUUCUCCUCUCCGGUGAACGUGUAAUAAGCUCCUGGAGUCUGGAGCAUCUCGCGGCCUCAUUUGUGCAGGAGCCUGGGAAGGGAGGACUCGGGUUAGCUUCUUUCCUGAGGUUCCCGGAGCUGUCACAGGACGCUUCAGCCAUCAAAAAGCCGCCCUUUGCAGGUCCCAGAGAAUAUUUUUCUUAUUUUUUCUGGUCAAAAUCAUGCUGGUUCGUGCCUUCCCGGGACUUCCUUGCCUUAACCUGUUGACCUGCAAAAAAUGAAGUGGUAGUGUGAAGUCCCGGGAAGCUGGCCCACUUCCAAGUGCAUGAGAAAGGUGUACCUGCGAAACCAUGGCGCUCCCCUUUCAGAAGGAGCUGGAGAAAUACAAGAACAUCGAUGAGGAUGAGCUUCUUGGCAAGCUCUCAGAGGAGGAGCUGAAACAGUUGGAAAAUGUUCUGGACGACCUAGAUCCCGAGAGUGCGAUGCUACCGGCCGGAUUCCGACAGAAAGACCAGACCCAGAAAGCAGCCACUGGCCCAUUUGACCGAGAGCACCUCCUCAUGUACUUGGAGAAGGAGGCAUUGGAACAGAAGGACAGGGAGGACUUUGUGCCCUUCACAGGAGAAAAGAAAGGGAGAGUGUUUAUCCCCAAAGAAAAGCCUGUAGAAGCUCCAAAAGAAGAAAAAGUGACUCUGGACCCAGAGCUGGAAGAAGCCUUGGCCAGCGCCUCUGACACUGAACUCUACGAUCUUGCAGCUGUCCUUGGAGUCCACAAUUUACUCAACAAUCCGAAGUUUGAUGAAGAAACGACCAAUGGCAAAGGCCACAAGGGGCCUGUAAGGAAUGUCGUCAAAGGUGAAAAAGCCAAACCAGUAUUUGAGGAGCCACCGAAUCCCACAAAUGUGGAAGCAAGUCUGCAGCAGAUGAAGGCCAACGACCCCAACCUGCAAGAGGUCAACCUCAACAACAUCAAGAACAUUCCAAUCCCAACCCUGAAGGAAUUUGCCAAGACUCUGGAGACCAACACUCAUGUGAAGAAGUUCAGCCUGGCUGCAACCCGCAGCAAUGACCCCGUAGCCCUUGCUUUUGCAGAUAUGCUGAAAGUCAACAAGACCUUAAAAAGUCUAAACGUAGAAUCCAAUUUCAUCACUGGAACUGGGAUCCUGGCCCUGGUGGAAGCCCUGCGGGAGAAUGACACCUUGACAGAGAUCAAGAUUGACAACCAGAGGCAGCAGUUGGGAACUGCUGUGGAGAUGGAGAUAGCCCAGAUGCUGGAGGAGAACUCAAGGAUCCUCAAGUUCGGGUACCAGUUUACCAAGCAAGGGCCACGGACAAGAGUGGCAGCUGCCAUCACAAAAAAUAAUGACCUGGUUCGCAAGAAGAGAGUCGAAGGAGACCGGAGGUAAACCUCUCACAUCACACAGCCAUCUGAAACACGGACAAAAACUCGUCCUCUUCUUCAUGGGACCACUUUAUCUAAGGCUGUUCGUUUCCGUUAACCGUCUAAGUCAUAAUCCUAACUGUUACUCUUUCUUAGCACUACUUAUUUAUGUGAAAAUGUGUGUAGAGGUUUGACUUACUCCUGGACACACCUGGAAGCUUGCACAAACAGGAGGACACGGAUCUCAGACAGUGACAGCGCUGGAGAUGAUUUUAACCACUUUCACAUUGUCUUGCUUUCUUACAUGAACGUGUUUUUAAUCAUGGAAAGGGGCUUAGCAUGUGUUUGUAGCUGAUUGCAGUAGAGGCCUAUCUCUGUUUACACACAUCACUUUGAGUUAGGCUGAGUACAUGGGAAGUGUGCUGCUGACCACAUCAGAAGUUAGUAUUGCCAAUCUUUCACAAACUCUCCGUUAAUUCCAGAAAACUGUCUCUGCGUGCACAUGCCUGACUGAUUAGGCAGCACUUUAACCUAGCAUUAUCAAAUUAACUGUUUAUUUUCCCAUGAGUAUGUUGAUAAUUCACACACUUUACCAUGAUUAAACAUGAAUUAAACAUUUGUGUAGGUGGGUGGCACUAGGAAUUGUACCCAGGGCCUUGUGUAUGUUAGGCAAGCACUCUACCCCUGAGCUGUAUCUCCAACCCAAAUUAUAUUUAAUAGAAAAUUACUUAUAAAGCCAUUGAAAGGCUUUCCAGGUAUAAAAGAAAAUUUCAAAAUAGCACAUUCCUAAAUAAAACAAUAUUAAUGGCAUCUUAUGGGCUAGAGUGACAAGCUCAGCAAUUAAGAGUCCUUGCUACUUUCCCAGGGGACCAGAGUACAGUUCCCAGUACCUAUGUCAACUACCUAACAGUGGCCAUCCAUCUUCAGGGGAGUUUGAUGCCUCCAGCCUCUGAGGGCAUACACAAACAUAUGUGCAUAACCCCCAUAUAUAUAUACAUGUGGUUAAAAUAAAUUUAAUAGAUCAUGGCACCUCAAUCAAAGUUUCCAAUACAUAAGAUUGAAUGAAUUUGACAAAAUUUAAAAGUAAUUGAUGCUUCAUCUUCAGCAUGACAAGCUCACAGGAUAAAUUGUGGGCAUUGUGGUUAGUUAUAUAGAUUUUGUUUCACAUGAAGUUGCUUCUCUGCCUUUUGAUAAAAUCGGGUGCCACUUUUAUCACAUGACAUCACUGAUCCAGACAUCUGCAAACAUUAGGUAAAAAUGAAUUGUUGGCUACUCAGAUUCUUUGUCUCCUCGAAGACAAAGCCUGUGCAAGCAGAAGUGAAAUGUUUGCAUUAAUUUUUUAGUGUGAUAGUUGGGCAGUGCAGUGCAAAAUUAAGGUAACAAUGACAGAAGUCUUUGGCCCAAAUUAAUCAUUUCUCUUUCCUGUCGUAGAUAACAGCUUGUGGCACCUCUGUGAGGUAACUGUGCUCGCUCCUCUGCUCCCUGCUGUGACCAAGUAGCUGGCAAAAGGAACGUAAGGAAGAAAGGGUUCAUUGUGGUCACAGUUUUAGGGUACCAUCCACCAUGACAGAGAAGAAUGACAGCAGGGGCAUGAGGCAGCUGGUCACAUCGUUUUCACAGACAGGAAGCAGAGAGAGAUGCAUGCUGGGACUCAGCCCACUUUCUCCUUUCUCCCAGUUUGAGACCCCAGUCUAUGGGAUGGCGCUGCCCACAUUCAGGGUGAGUCCUCCCUCUUGGGUUAAACUUCUCUGGUCACACCCUCUGUGAUUCCAUGAAGAUAAACUGUCACAGUGUCUCCUUUCCCUGUCCUCUACCUCCCACACAGAGCAUCUCUCUUGUUUCCCUUCUCUUUAUGACUCUGAGUCUUACAAAGGUGUUAUCUCUUAUGCUAUUGACAGAGCAAAAGAAGCUGCUGUCCCUGGCAGAUCUUGGGCCCAUUCCUGUAUCGUUUUAGUUACUGGGGGUUCCUGGGUUACUUGGUAGCAGUAAGGCAAGUUAAUGGGUUAAUAGCUUGAAAAGCUCUUGGAAUCUAUUUUGAGAAGCCUUUUAAAAACUGGACACUUAGAGGGAGAAACUGGACACUUAUUUGUUCUAUAAAUACCCAGAGCUGAAAGCAAAAAGCCUUUGAAACAUCUCAUUUUUUUUACUCGUUUUUACAUUUUUCAGGACACAGUAAGGAGGGUUUGCUGAUAUUUUUUGAGUUUAUAUUCCUGUCAAUCUUGAAACAUAUUAGUGCAUUCCAUUUGAUGGUUCUCAGUCUGAUUUUUCUUUUCUGCUCACCCAUUUAUAUAGGUUUAUAUAAGCUUGCUGGUUGCUCAGUUUUCAAGAAGUCUGUGAGUUAUUGCUCACCAUAGCACUACUGAGAAUUGAGGGAAGCCAGGUGUGGCAGCACACACCACUUUUCCUAGCCCUCGGAGGAUCAGUGUUGGCUACCUGCUACAUGAGAUCCCCAGCCCACCCUCCCCCAACCAAAGCAUAUUAAGUGACUUGCACUUACGGUUCAGUUGGUAUGGUAAAGGCAAAACUAUGUUCUUGAGAUUAUUUAUGCGUGUCGUGCCUACAUGUCAUAAAUACUACCCAACUCUCAGCAUUAACUUCUUGGCCAUGGUGAGAAGAGUCUUUGGGAAUUAACAAUGCGUAAGAAGCCGUCUCCUUUCUUCUCUCUAGAUUGUUGACUGAUAAGCAGUCAUCAGUUCUACCUGGGUGAAAUGUGCACAAUGUAUUUCAAUCAGAAUUUUUGCUUACCAUGUUGUCAAAGGGAGGAUGCUAUGUUUUGGUCACAGACUUUUACAAGUAAUCCUUUUCCUCUCCUUAUUCACUCUCAUGCCUCCAUCUCGUAAGAAACUCUGACCCUGCAGAAUGUUAUCUGAAGCUCCACAGUUUGGAGAAUGGGUUGCAGUUGUUAACACAGCCUGGCAAAAAACAAGAGAAAUAAAUCAGAUCUGGAUCACGGCUAAUCCUUUUUAUAAGGAGCUGUUAAUAUUAGUAAAGCAAGAUGGUAGAACAUUGUUUUUAAAAUCAUACUGUUUUAGCUUAUAAGUUUAUGAGAUUUAUUACUAAUAACUGUUUUAUCAUUGUGGAUUUUUAAAUGGCUUGUAAAGUAACAUUUCCAUAAGUAUUUCCAUACUGAAGGUAACUACUAGAGGAUAAAACAUACAUUUGGGGGGUAUGUAUCAAAUCAUAUAAUUAGUCUGAGACUUCACCUCCUAGAGUAGACAUUAGUUUCAUCAUGAUGAGAUGUAAUAUGUGUAAAUUAUUUUUAUAUGUAUAUAUUUUGCUAGCUAGCGUGUUGAGUAUUUGCUAAUGCCUGACUGACUGUUUGGAGCAAGCUCCAGUUUCCCUAAGCCUGCUCUCUUCCCUUUACAGUUAUGCAGGCCCAUAGUAAGUGAAAACUUGCUUGCCUGGACUUGAAGGUUCCUGUCACUGCUGUCUUGUCAUGGCACAUGCAGAUAGAUGGCUUUUAGGAGAUACAUUUCUCAAGUCUAGAAAUAGUGACUCAUUUAGUAGCACAAGUGCGUUUCUCCAUCUGCCUUAUGUGCGCAGCGGAAGCUCCUUCGUCCUUUUCAGCAUGAUCAAAUUCCUUGCUUUCAUCUUUGAGGGAAGUUAGUCUUCCUCCCUCCCUCUAUCCCCCCCCCCGUGUGUGUGUGUUUGUGCCGUGCAUGUGUGUGUCUGUGUGUGUGUGUGCAUCGUCAGAUAUCUAACUAGGUAUUUGGCUACAUCUGGACAACGGAUUGAAGGGGAGGCUCUCUCCCCAGCUCCACUUCCCUUCCCCUUUUAGAGCUUCUGCAGACCCAGGUUCCGUGGAGAAUUCCUCUGGAGUCUGUAGCUUCUGUCACCCACCACAUUUCACAGUUGUGUGGAGGAUGAUUCUUAGAAUGUUCACUGGAUUACCACCCCUUGAGAUCUUCCUAUAUGCCUAAAGUGUGUAUCAUUUCAUACUCAUGGACAUCAAUUAGCCCCCUCCUUCCAUCUCUGUAGGACACACUGUAUAUAAAUAAUUUUGUACAUAAGGACCACCAAAUACUGUAGUGAGAUAUUUGGCCACAUGUGGACCAUGGAUUGAUGGGACCACGCUUUCUUGCCCCUCUUAGGGUGGUGGUGGGCCCAGGUUAGAGAAUCCCAUGCCUGGAGGGGCAGGUGUUGCUCAUCCAUCUUUCAGCGCAUAGCUCAUCUUCCAGUAGAAGAAACCCAUCUCCAUGUUCAAGCUCAGAAGCUGUCACAGUGCCUGUACCCUGGAGCCAGUUUUCCUAAAGGAAGACUGGCAUGCCAGAUCAUGAACCGCUGCUUUUCUUCCACACAGAGAUGUGACCCCUGGUGGGCACCAGCAUUAUGGAAGCCACUGCCUUCGGAAUAACUGCCACAAGACAUUUCUGGUGUACAAGCUUGGACCUGGCGUGACAGUGUCAGUAUGCUCAGCCAGAUAGAGCCCAUCAGAGUGUUUGAGCGUACCUCUUUUUUCAUGGCUGAGACUGACUCUGCCCUCUCCGAAAUGCUGUGCAGGAGACAGGAAGCCGAAGAAUUCUGGUCUGAGAGAAGUUUACAUAUGCUUUAGAGUUGGGAUGAUAGACCUAGUGCCUUUUCAAAAAGUAGAGACUGAGUUUGCUGACUUCACAGUUCCCACGCCCCCACCCCCUCACCCCCCCACGUUCCCACCCCCCGCUGCUCGCUCCAUUCUCACACAUAAAGGAAGGGAAUGAAAACUCUAAGUAGCAGGCUGAUCCCACUGGGUAAACCACAGAGCAGCCGUUUGGAACUAACUGAACAGAGAAAAGUACCCGGAACCUCGAUGUUCAUGGUCCCCAAUUCUAGAUCCGACUGUAUCUUAUACUCUGGCUCAAGAUCCUUACAAAGUAAAAGGGCUGAGAAUGUAAUAUUUAAGUUAAUUUAAUGGCAGAACUCAAUUCUGCUCACUCCUCUUAAUCUCUCUCCCAUUAGCUUAACAGCAAUGACCAAACAAUCAGUAGAUAGGUGAAGGACAGGUUGCAAAUUUUAAGUCUAUAUCCUGGGCACUAAUCUAGAACAGCACAUGAGUCAGAGGUUAAGCUUAUUUCAGACACAUUGUUGCCUUGGAGAGGGUGAAGGAGAAGGCUUGGAGUCAUGGGUGGAAAAGAGCCACCUAUUAACCGGGCUUGGUUGGCAGUGUCUUGUGGCAGUCAUUUGGAGCACGUUGGCUCAGCUAGUUGGUAUGGUGAAUGGGUACCAUACUAACAGAUUAGGAGGCUAAAUCCCAAUCCCGUUACCCACACUUAGCAGGUGUAUGAUCAUGGGCAAUUCAUUUAAUUGCCUGCCUAUUAUACAUUAUAUGGGGGAUAUGCACCGGAAAUGGAGUCAAGUGACCUGAACACUUGACUCUACACUUUCAUAGCUGGGUGACUUUGGGGAAACCACUUGGUCUCUCAAGGCUGAAGCUCCCCAGCUAUUAAAUGGGAAUUAAUAUCUUCACUAACUACCUCACAGAAUUGUAGUGAGAAAAUAUAAUCAGAUCAUUGGAUGGAAACACCAUAGAAACCAGAAAGCACUGUACAAAAGUAGAUCACUUUUAUCAAUUCACUAGUGUUUUCCACUGCCUCUGAGUCUGUUUUAUUCUGACCAGUGGUUCAUCUUUUGGAGUAGGGCAGAUUGGGGCACGGGAAUGAUGUAAAGAGCUAGAAUUGUUUUACUUUAAACAUAGAGGUGAGAAACGUGGUUGGUGGUAGCAGUGGGGGUUACAUUUCAGUGAUACAAAACGAUAGAUCAUUUUGCUGGGUCAUUUGAAAGUACUUUGAAAAGGGCUGGGGAGUAACUCAGUAAGGUAAUGUGCUUGCCUUGCCUUGUGUGCACCGAGUCCCAAUCCGAUCCCCAACACCACAUAAGCUGGGCAGGGUGCCAUGAGUCUGUAAUCCCAGCACUCAAAAGUCAGAGGCAGGAAGAUCAAAAGUUCAGAUUCGUCUUUGGCUACAUAGAAUCUGAGACCAGCCAGGGCCACGUGAGAUCCUGUCUCAAAAAAGAAAGGGCCCCUGCGGAAGUGGACACAAUCCUUGGAAAUACUGGCUCCCAAAGGGGAGCUCAAACAGUGACUAAGAAUUUAGGCAAGAGCACUGCUGUCUUUUCUGUCAUCACUAGAAGUGACAGAAGCCAAGACUCAAGGUAUUGCUGGCCACCUUGAAGAGCAUCUCCUUGGGCUCCAGGAAUUUUCAUGUCUGGCAUCCGGGUGCCAGCUCUGACACGGAAGGGGAGAAAGCUCUCCAGGGCAGCAACUACCUAUCACCAGCAGCUCAGCCCUGGCCAGUUAUUUCUGCCAAGAAAAACCUUGAAGCCUGGCCUUAUAUGGAUGGUGUCCCUUCAGUCCUUUUAUAUUUGGUACCGUCUAAUAAGGUGCCUUGUACAUAGUAGGUGCUUUAUAAAUGUCUCUUGUCUGUCAUUGUCCUCCAGCCCUACAAGAGUUAUAUUCUGUUUACAACCAUGUGAUGUAUAUACAUACAUAUAUAUCUAAUCAUACUGAUUUGGAUGCCAGCUGUAUGUGACCUUAGGUAAGAUUUUUCCAUCUAUCUUAUCUUCAUUUCAUCUGUAAAGCGGUGUGUCCCUUUCAGAUUCCAAGCAUUACAACCCUGUGUUUCUGAGCCGGGCCGUGGUGGCGCUUGCCUUUAAUCCCAGCACUUGAGAGGUAGAAGCAGGCGGAUCUCUGUGAGUUCAAGGCCAAUCUGGUCUACAAGAGCUAGUUCCAGGACAGCUAGGACUGUAACACAUAGAAACCCUGUCUCGAAAAACCUAUCCUGUGAUUCCGAAAUGAGUGGGUAAUCUAUCCACUGCAGCUCCUGCUUUCUCGGGGAAUCUUCCACAGACAGUUGCUUGCUCCUGUUCAGCUGUGUUUGAUAACUUCAGAGUCGUUCUAGAAGAGCAGCCUUGUCAGAAAGGCUACUUCAGGGCUGGGAAGUUAGCUGGGUGAGAGAGCAUUUCCUGACACUACAAAAUUAAAAAAAAAAAAUUUAAAGUUUUGGGAUGCUUCCCUCAAAAACAGAAUAUCUUUAUAUAUAAUAUUUUUCUCCUCAGAAUCAGAGAGAAAGGAGGGGAGGAAAAUGUAAAGAAAGAAACUGACCAGUAUGUUUUAGUAGGCUUUUAUUUGAUACCUGUGUAUUUGCAUUUCCAAGCACAUAUUGAUUGCAUACCAAGAGACAAUCAAAAGUGCACUGUGUAUUGAAAGAAACUGGCCCAGGAUUUGAAACUUCUGUGGACAUAGUCUGGAUGUGAGUAGACAGAAAUGGGCCAAAUGGGAAAAGGAGAAGGAUGGAAAGUACACUUCCUGAGUAACUUUACUUUAGUACCAAAUGUUAGUCAUGACAAUCUUUAUUCAAAUUAUUCUAAGCCAGAUAUGGUAGUGAACCUGUAAUCCCAGCACUUAGAAGGUGGAGGCGGGAGGAUCAGAAGUUCAAGGUCAUUCUCAGCACCAUAGCAAGUUCAAGACCAGCCUGGGACCCAUGAGACUUUGUCUUUAAAAUAAAUAGGUAAAUGGAAUAAAAGUAAUUUGUAUCUUUGCUUUCUUCUUAAGAACAAAACUAUGUACAUGAUAAAGCAUAUUUAUAUUUUAAGUAAGCCUUUAUGUUAAUCUUAUUUCGUGGUUUUUUUUCUAUAAAACAAGCAGCAUUUUUCAUUGCACACAAAAAUGUAAAAUACUUGCAUGCCACCAGUCAUGACUUAACAGUUCUAUGCCUGUCAAGUGUGACCUUAUGUGUAUCGUUGCCUAUAUUGUGUUGAAGAGACUAAGGGACAUAAUACACUUGUAAACUUGUAUACUAUUGGUAAAACUUGUUUAGCUAAGCAAAUUCUGAAAAGCCACAUGGCUUUAUUUUUCAUUUGAUGCUUUUUAAUCAAAUGCUAGAUGAUCGGUUAGUUCACUAGAAAACUAAAGACUAACUUUCUUUUUAAAUGUGAAGUUAAACAUCUUGUGAAAAGUGUGAGAUAAAGGAAAAUGUACAAAUUUUAAACUACUUUUAUCGUUACAAGGAACCCCAUUGGCCCCCCAAAAAAGGUGUAAUUUGGGGCCUUUUGGAAUUAGCCACUAAGAGGUAAUGUUGAGCUAAAUAUAAACUUUCAAUUAAUCAAGAGCUUUGUGCUUUCAAGGAUGUCAUGUAUUCAUUUGUGUCUGGAAUGAUAGUUGUAAAUGGAAAUGUAAAAAAUAAAAGGGGGGUCAAUAAACUUAACUUUA